GCAUAAAUGAAUAUGUUUUGGUGUGAGGACGCAUUUUUAACUACAGCGGGGCUUUUUCCUCCAGCUCGCAUCCUCACACGCGCACGAAAAAAAAAAGACAGUGGUCACAUGGCGCAGCAGGAACGGGCGGUGGGUGUGUCCAAUCGUGUGCGCUUUCAUUCAUAACUACACUCUAUUUGAAGCCCAAAUUGAAGUAUGCAGACGGGGAAGGCUGCCUGCGGACCGCCUCAAACCGACUCCACCACCGGGCGCGCGCGGAGCCCUGGGGCAGCCCUGCUUGGAAUGUCUUCAGUGACCAGAGGAGGAUGCUGCUGGUGCUGAUGCUGAUGCUGAGCGCCGCCGGCUGCAGCGCAUCGCUGUAGUCACUCCGCUCAAAGCGGGGGGAAGCACAUCCAGCACACACCGAGAACUACCGCGCGCAUCUGGUGCACUUCAUCAUCGUCAUCCUCUCACACGUCAGGGUGACAUGCUGUAAUCCCCCUGCCCCGCUCCUUUUAACAAGGGCUCACUCACACUGACCUGGACCAUGAGCAAUGAUCUUCCAGUCCUGACAAGUCUGACGGAGAGCUCCACUGACGUGCCUGUGUCGGCUGGUCAGGUGGAGAACUACGUUCUGCUGCUGGUGCUCCUGAGUGUGUUUGCAGGCGGGACGCUGGUGCUGCUCUCCCUGCUGCUCCUCUUCUGCCACCGCUGCUGUUUGGGCGGGCGCCGGUACUCCAGGGCGAGCGAUGACCUGGAGAAGACAAACACCACCUAUGCUGAGGAUUCUCAGCCCACUCAAGAAAUCACUAUUCGCCUGGACGAAUCGGACGUUCUCUCAGCAUCAAGUUGCCAUGAUGGAGAGUCAGAGCGAUUUGUCUUCACUGGGUCCACCGGCCGCAGAGUGUCCUUCAAUGAAUCUGCACUCUACGAACAGGAGAAAACCACUCAGGACAAAGGACGCAGGUACACUCUGACUGAAGGAGACUUCCACCACCUUAAAAAGGCCAGGCUGACCCACCUUCACCUGCCUCCAGCGCAAUGCGACCUGAAAAUACUCACCAUCAUGGAGUGUGAAUCCACAGAGAGCAGCUCCACCAACAUCAAUGAAAGUGGAGCGUCCAAAUUACCCCUCACCAUCUACCAGCCUGGUGAGAGGAGAGUUUGUGACUGGAUGGGGCAGAGUGUGAGUGGGGGUCUGCCUGGAGAUCCACAUCACUCCAUCAUCCUGGACCAGGGAGGCAGGAAGUCCUCAUCAGCCAUGAAGCCACAGCACACACACUCCCAGACAAUGGAGCCUCUCGGGGACAAAAGGGAGGCUGAGGGCCGCAGUGGACAGACUUCCGUUCUGCAUUUUUUCUCCAAACUCCGGCGUCACGCCAGCCUAGAGGGAGCUGGGCCUUACUUUAGAAGGUGGAAGUUUGACACCAGUCAUAGGGCAGCCAGUCUGGACGCCAAAGGGUCCCCAAAGAGGAAGCCCUUCCAAAGACAAAGGGCAGCGAGUGAAAACACAGACCACACCGAAGAUGACUCUUCUCUCUGUGACGACGCCUUCGAGUCUUUUCCGCACACCCCCAUCCAGACGGUGGGAUUCCAGUCCCUCUCUGCAGAGUCCUUGUCUCACCCUGCAAUAGCUCCCACACCCUCAGUCUUCCUCAAGAGGCUCCAGCUGGAGGCCAUGGUGGAGGUUGGAGAUGGUACCAGCCCCUCCAGGAGGGAGGAACUCCCGAUGCCGUCGCUUCUGAGUCAAAUGGAUAAAGAGGUCACAGCCAAUGGAACAGAACCAGAAAAGGAGACUGUGUUUGGAGCAGAUGUUGAAACAGGAGCAGCAGAAGACGGGCCCAGACCUGCAGAAGGUGAAGACUUCUUUGGAGCAGAACCGGAUGUGGUCUUGCAGGAAGGCUUUGAAGACCAGCUAGGAGGAAAUAAAGACACCGAAGUAGGCAGCAAUGAGGCAGAUGUGAGGAAAUUGAACGGGGGAAAUGCGGAAGACGGAGAUGAGGUGCUGUUAGGAGCAGAGGGCAGGCGGAGAACAGAGUCCUUCACGAGCCUGGAAGCCCCCCCUUCUCUGUAUAGAGACAUUUGGAGUUUGCGUGCCUCCCUGGAGCAAUACGCCUCCUCAGAUCAGAGCAGCACAGACCGAGAGUCCAUCCGAAGCGACGCCGACAGCGUUUCAUCGUUCGGUGGCGCUGGAGCUCGCUCAGGCCUGGACAGCUGCUUGUCCCAAGAACUGGAUGAUGAGCCCGAAGGAGACGGGGAGGCAGAGGGGCUAGAUGGAGCAUCGGGUGUGGACAGUGAGGUGGGAAAUGGAGCUGGAGGAGACAGUGAAGGAGGAAACAGGAAACUCCUUCAAAUGGACAGCGGCUACGCCUCCAUUGAAGCUCCAUCCAGGGCGCCUGAGGACAUGCGCCUGUUUGGGACCCCGGGAGCCCCCCGGGGGAAGACGGCAUCCGAGAGGAGGCUGUUUUUCACCAACUCUGGCAGAAAAGGUUCUGUGUGUGAAAGCGUAGAUGCUCGACUCUUUCAGGAGGAGCUGGAGGACCAGAUAGCCAACACCGCAGAUGGAGAGGAGAUGCUCAAGCAGAGCUCCCUCGUUCCCCAAGAGCCAUAUAAAGUCCUGAAUCCCCUCCAUCCUCGGAAACCUUCAGAAUCCCAGCUGAUGUCUCCACUGAUGAAGUCGAUCCCACAGCCUUCCAGCCCUCACCAAGCUCGUCUCAGGCACCGUGACUACAGCAUCGACGAGAAGACAGACGCUCUUUUUAACGAGUUCCUGCGUCACGACCCUCGCUUCGACCAGCAGGACUCUCCUAUACGCUCCAGACACAGAUCCAGAGUCCACCUCCGCAAACAGUGGCAAAGACACAAGCAAUACAGUGACCCCGGCUCAGCCUCAGGGGGCAGGUACUCUCCAUCUUUGGAGAGGCAAAGGUUCACCCCACUGAGGAGGGGUGACAGUGCGGGAUACCCCCUGGACACCAGAUACCACAGCACUCUAUCCCGCAUAGCGAGUGCAGCAGACGAGGAAGCCAGCGAGGUUGCAGCUUCAGAAGAAGCAGCCAUAGAAAGAGCAGAGAGCAAAGAGCGACCCAGCGAUGGAGCAGAGAGUACGACCAAAAAACCAACGGAAGGAUCAGACCAAAAAAAAACUGAAGACUGUAGAGUCUCCCCGAGCGCAGAGAGACCUCCCAGCACUGCUUCUGCGCCAAUGGGCAUCAUGGACCCAAGAGUGGACAACAGGAACAACAACAGCAGCCAAGCCAUCCUAUCAGAGAGCAGCCUGACAGACAAGUUGGUGGCUUCGGUGGAGGAGAGGCUUUAUGGCGGCCUGCAGGGAGCAGAGAGGCAGGGAGGAUCGGAGCGUGUGCUCACAGCGUCCCACACGGCCUCGCCUGGAUUCAGUCCCACAUAAUCCACCUUCAUUUAUUUAGACUCACCAUCCAUAUUAGUGUAUCUGUCAGGUAGACUCUCCUCUAAUCAGACAUGAUCUACCACUGUGACUCCAUGUGACAUAUGAGCGCCCCUUUUUAUCAUUCCGAACAGCUUUGAAGAUGUAAACACAAAUAUUUUCUGACCUAACUGUGAGUUCUCAGCAUGCUACUGUUGGUCCUGAUAAUAUGUGUGAAUACUGUACAGAUUUACCCUCUAAAAGCACUUUGCCAAUGGUCCAGCUCGUAAACCCCCCCGUCAUACAUCGUAACCCCGCCCCCCAACAUCCUCUGUCAUCAGAAAAGGCCAACCGCGAGUAUGUUUUCGGCAAUAUGAAGAACACAUUAGAUAUUCUGACGAUUCUCCUCCAUAUCAGUCACACUUUUGUGUUCGAGUGAAACUUAAGAGCAUGAAAUGGAAACUGCACUGAAGAUAAAUGUUCUAAAUAUUUUUGGAGAUUUUCUCACUUCUUAUGUUAUUUUUUUGUCAGUAGUGGUCAGUGAAGAGCUGCUGAGUCAUGGUUGGCGAGUGAUGCUUGGAUGAGUCAUGAACCUUUAAAGCUGUCAGAUCAACAAUUCAGUGACGUUUUAGAGAAAAAAAAGCACUGUUAUUUGUAGUGGCGAGAUUUUUGAAGGUCAAGAAGCUUUGAAGACAUGAAACCCAUAUUAAAAAAAUGUUACACUUCCCAGGUUUAAGAAUCCCUCAGAGAUAAGCAUAAAAAAAAGAAAAAAGCAUUUUAUCUGGUUAACUUUAAUUCAUUAAAAGCGAUUUGCACAACUUCUUGUAAUUAUUUCCUAACCUUCAAUUUAAAGCAUUUUCAAUAUUAAUACCUGGAAGUAUCUCACAAAUCUUCUUAAUCAUUUUAUCCAUUACCAUAUUUUUUUGUGCUUCAGAUCUUAAAAGAGAAGAUCUGCUGUCCAGAUGCUGCUUCUACAAACUGCUGCUUGAAUAAAGAGAUGGUGUCAAGUUUCUUAAGGUUGUGUCACGCAGCUGCUAUGUAUAUUUUGCGUGGAUGACAAAUGGUAAUCCGUGGAAAACAUGGGAUAAGUCACGGCCUUUUCGUGAAAUUUGCACAAGGGAAUCACGUCAAAACCAUGGAAGAACGAAUGAACGACGCAAAGAGCACGUAAAUCCACAUAGAACACAAACUGUGCGGGUUAAUACGCACUUCUUUAGUGAUUCAUGCACCAAUUACGUACUUUUCAUGUGAUAUGUGCAGCGUUAACACAAUGCAAGUCAUACAUUGGUGGUGCAUGUGUGAAUAGUCUGCUAGACAUACAUGGAAGGGUUGUGGAAAGCCACAAAUUUGGUUAUGCAUCUUGCAAAAAUCAUGCACAAUUGCGUAAGUUAUGUGAUAACUGCGAAUACACUACGAAAAAUAGGCAUAAAUGGCAUAACUCUCAAUGAAGCAUUAAUGCUGAACAGUUCAAAACCGAAUUCACAUAAAGACGCGUCGGUAAAAACCCUUGAUGGACAUCUGUGCACAACGCCGAAUGACGAACAAGAAUAUAUAUCAUAUUUAUCACGCAUGUAUCACAAAAGACUGAAAAUUCAUACGUGGAAAAUGUACAUAGUGGCUGUGUGACACGUAAUUUAAUGGGGUUAGGUGGGAAAAGGCACUAGAACUAAACUUGCACCAUCUCAAAACAGCUAGAGUCCUCAUUUUUUCUUUGCCUCAAUGCACCAUGAGAGAGAAAUUACUGCAGAAGAUUAUUCAGACAAAAACAUUUUACCAACAAAAAAGGAAAAGCCAAAAAAAAAAGAUCUGCAGACCAGCUCCCUCUUUGAUUUUUUUCUUGUGGAGUGAUGUUUCGUGUGAAACUGUCGGAGAGAUGCGACGUGUCCUCACACACUAAUGCUGCAGCCACCCGUCACCCCUCCAAUCCAGGAGCUUCUCGUUUGAGGGAGAGCCUCCGUGCCGACCUCGCUGACGUAGGAGGCGAUGCUCUCCCUCCCUCCCUCCCUCGCAGCGGUGACUCACCUGCUCUCUGAUCUACUCCCAGGGAGGAGCUGGUGAUGGGUCUGGCAGAGCUCCCAUUGACGGGAUCGGAGCAACAAAGCGUCACUACCAUCC